AUGCCGCUUCCCGAGUUAUACAAGGAGAUCUGGACGGUGGUUGCGGAGCACGUCCGUCAACCCUUCCCCCAGCCUAGGAACGUGCGGAAUCGGAAGGCGGUCAGGCAGGUUGAUCUGGUCAACAUGAUGGUAGUCUCCAAGCUUUUCAACAACGCGGUCGCCCCGGCGCUGUACAACUGCGUCAUCACGGACGAUCUCGCCGGGUUGUUCCGCAACUUCAAGUCCCCCCGCCUCGCCGCGCCUGGAAUCCAUUCCAAGCGAGAGCUCCUCCGGCUUACCCGAUCCCUCUACCUUGAAUAUCCCGUGCGAGCCCCUACGGAAGCACAGGUCCAACAUCAUCUCCAAUACCAACCCCCGCAAACCAAGGAGAGCGGCUCCCGCGCGGCGGUCGGAGGUGAUAUCGGUUACCCCGCCAUCCACCCGGCUAUUGCUAGUCUCGUUGACUCGGAGGCGCUUUUCGCGUCGGACCCGUCGACUCAGCUCCAGCAUUCGAUGCCCGAGCUGCACACGCUCGGCGCCGGCGCCUUCUUCGGGACAGACGAGGAGGGCUGGCGUAGCAGUAAUUUCGCCGGCUCGGGCGAUUGCAUCGAGCGCGUGUUACGGCGGAUGGCGGAGGUUCAGCGCAUCUACACCCGGAUGUUCCUGGAGGGGAAGGUCAGGCAUUUCUGCCAGACCAGCACCAUGGCUCCCAUCAAUCUCCAUCCCGUCGAGCUGUAUCUGUACAAGCCUAGAUCCCAAUCCGCCUCGGCCAGCACAUCAGUCGUCAACGGGCGCACCGUCACCUUACACGCAGAUCUCAGAGACUGGGAGGGCUCGGACUACGACGAUCUUUUCAACACAUGCCUCUGUCCAUCAGGUGUGCGCAUCAGGUGGUGCUUCAACAACCCCCGGCGGCCGAAACCAGCGGGCGAGGUCACUCCCUUCCUCGGCUACCCAGAGCGACCCGCCUUCGCAUACGCUGUCUACCGCUCCAUGCUCGGCGGCAUGGCUAAUCGGCACGAUCAGCGUGACGCCAGCCCUUCCCCGGCCACCUUUACCCGCAUCCCCAUCACCGCCGACGCAUACAUCCCCAUCGAACCCCCGGCGGCGGCGAUCAUCUUGCGAGGAGCCAAGGUCCCCAGUCCCUGGGUUCUGGUGCCGGAGGAGAAGGCAAAAUCAAAGAAGCGGGCGGUGGCGCAGCGGUUGGGGACGUGCUCAACAAGGACAUCUUCCAAAGGGGGUUGGAGAAGAAGGUGUUGCACCCGGACGACCGGCUCGGCAUCCACUAUAUCGGAGAUUGUCCGGCCUGUCCGUCGUGCGGAUGGCUUCCGAGGGAGUAGGCGGCUCGAGGGCGGAUAA